AUGUUCGGAGGUCCGCGCGGAGUUCUCGGAGCGGCGGUGGACCGCCUCCCAUGGCGCGCGGAGCGCGCCAUGGGAGACGCUGGAGGUGCCGCCAGGGGAGCCCCAGCACCGAUCCGAGAAGUCCGCGCGGACCCCCGAAGGUUCGAGUUUCUGCCGGUUUUCGCCUCUCCGAGGAACAAGCUGUACGACGCCCUGCAGAAGGCCGCGGACGCGUUCAGGGAGGGCCUGCUCGACAUCGUGGGGGGCUCCCGCGCCACGUGCCCCCUGUUCGCUCUGCUGGCGCCCGCGGAGAUCGUGAGGCUGUGGGCCGGCCGCGACGUGGGGCCAGAGGGCCUGCGGCGGUGGCGGGCCGUGGCCGUCGUGAGUGGCGAGGUGCGGGAGCAGGCCGACUGGCUGUGGGAGCUGCUGGAGGAGGGCGGACGACCAGUUCCGAGGCCGCGUGCUCGAGUUCUCCACCGGCGCGCGCCGCCUCAGCCAGGAGGGCUUACAGAGGUUCGAGGUCCAGGACCUUACGACGGCGGCGACGAGCAGCUCCCGCACGCCAUGACCUGCGGCAAUAUGCUCCAGCUCCCGCGGUAUUCGAGCAAGGACGUCCUGCGGCGGCAGCUCGCCCAGGUGCUGACCGAGCUCGGCCAGGGCUUUGGCGUCGUCUGA